AUGAAGAAGGAAGAGGAAGGGGAAGAAGAAGGAAGAAGAAAGAAAAGGGAAGAAGAGGAAAGAAGAAGAAGGAAGAGGAGGAGGAAGAAGAAGAAGGGGAAGAAGGGGAAGAAGAAGAAGGGGAAGAAGGGGAAGAAGAGGAAGAAGGGGAAGAUGAGGAAUAAGAGGAAGAAGGGGAAGAAGAGGAAGAAGGGGAAGAAGAGGAAGAAGAGGAAGAAGGGGAAGAAGAGGAAGAAGGGGAAGAAGAGGAAGAAGUGA